AUGAAAUCGAUGGUGGUGUUGUUCGCUCUCGCCGCAGUGGCUUGCGGCUCCUACUUGCCGGUGGCUCAGCCCCCGCACCACCCGGCGCUGGUACUGGACCCCCACGGCCGCCCGCUGGACACCGCUGAAGUCAUCAACGCUCGUGCCAUCCAUCUGCAAGCUAAGGCCCUGGAAGGACACCAUGCUCCCCUCGCUCACUCCGUGAUCGCGCCUAUCACUCACUCAGUGAUCGCUCCAGUAGCCCACUCCGUGGUCGCCCCAGCUGUGGUCGCCGCGCCCGCCGCUGUUUCACACCAAUCCCGUGUUGACAUCCACUCCAGCCCUGCCGUAGUAUCUCACGCUGUUGCCGCUCCCAUCCUCGCUCAUUCUGCCUACUCUCCUCUCUUGUCUCAUGGCCUCGCUGGACACGGACACCUACUGAAGAAGCGUUCUUUGGCCCACAUCGCCUACGCUGCACCAAUCGUCGCACCUUCAGCUGUCUCCCACCAGUCUCGCGUAGACAUCAUUGAGAAGCCCGCCGUAGUCUCUCACUCCGUCGUCGCCCCAGUGAUCUCUCACGUCGCUAGCCCCGUGGUUGCUCACGCCGCUCCAAUCAUUGCUCCUUCUGCUGUUUCUCACCAGUCUCGUGUGGAUAUCAUUGAGAAACCUGCCGUCGUGUCUCACUCUGUCGUCGCUCCCGUGGUUUCUCACGCCGCUCCCGUGCUCGCUCACGCUGCUCCCGUGGCCGUGGCUCACGUGACACCAGUGGUAGCCGCUCCCAUCAGCUACUCGCACCAAUCCCGCGUGGACUACUCCUCCGCUGCACACCUCACCCCUCUCGCUCACUCCACCGUGUUGGCCGCACCUGCCUCGCAUUUGUCCCAUGCGGAUCUCCUUCAUGCCUCCCAUUGGUGA